AUGAUCGCAACAGGUGGAUUGCUGAGAAUCAACGCACGCCGACAGGACUCGCUAUCCAGACCACAUAAACCACACGCACAGAAGAAGAAGAAGAAGAAGAGGAGGAGUGAGGUAGUGGUGGUAAAGGGGAAGCUGAAGUUGUGUUCAGUCUCGGGUCUCGUGGCUGCACUUGGCAUUCUGGUUCUGGUUGUGGGUGUGGUCAUGGCAGCUCUGGGCUAUUGGCCUCGUGAUGGAUUGUUCUUCAGCUCUCAGCCACAGGAGGGCACCGCCAUGGCUUCUGUCUCCUCAGACACCCCAACAACUGCACCUGCUGAUGCCCAACGAGAAGUGAGAGAAGGUGUACUGCAAUCAGAUGACGUGCAGGAUAAUGGAGGAAGCAAUGAUGGUUUUAACCAGACAGAAACCAUAAAUGGGACGACCAGACAUCUUUCACAAGGUUUUCUACAGGACUUUCUGGACAGGUAUUUGUACUCUGAUAGACUGAAGGUCUUUGGCCCACUCAUCAUGGGGAUUGGCAUUUUCCUCUUCAUCUGUGCCAAUGCUGUUCUGCAUGAAAACCGUGACAAGAAGACAAAAGUCAUAAACCUGAGGGACAUUUAUUCCACUGUUAUUGACCUCCACAGCCUCCGGAAACCCAACACUUCCUCCUGCUGCUCAGCCAAUCCCCCCAACAGCAUUGUUAACUAUAUCCAAUCAAAGAGCCUGGAGGCCAAACCCAGGGCAUAUCCUGACUCCCUGAUAAACAGAAAGGGGGGAGGAGAAGGUGUGGGAGACAGUGGGGUGGGAGGUGGGCUGUUAACCAUGCAACCUGGCAGCAGUAAAGGAGCAGGGGAAGGUUGGGGCAAUGAUGGAGGAGGACACGCAGUCUUCAGUAUAUACCAGGAACAAACAGAUGCUCCUCCUCCCUCUUCCUCGCAGAGACUUUCCCUCCCCCAAAGUUUUAGCCCCACCCACCCCUCCACCUGCUGGACCACAAAGAAUAUGCUAAGCUCUUUCACCUUACCUCUGCGCCGCCCAAAACCCCCUGCGCUGCAGAGAAGGCACUCGGCUCGAGCCAGGACCAACCAGGGCUGGAGAGGGGACAAAGGAGAAGAGGAACAGCAGAGGAGGGACAGAGGAGACGACAAACCAGGGGAGGAGGGCUAUGGAUGCCCCCCACCUCCUCAGCGCUACUCUAGUCCCCCCCUAAAUAGACCCCUUCAGGAUUCAUUAACAGCUUCUUGCAGCUCCUCCGGCCUCUACAAGGAAGCACCGGGAGGCUCCCAGGCCCUGCUCCUCCUCUCCUCUUCCUCCCUCACCCCCUCCCACCUGUCCCUCUCCUCAUUUUCAUCCACACCACUGCCGCCCUGCAGGAGGCACAGCUUGUCGACCAGCAUCAACAUCACAGGUUAUAGCAAAUUAAAACACAGAGACAACGAUUCAUGUUCCCCAUCAUCACACAAAGUGAUAUCACAGGAUAGGCAUCAAAUGUCAGAGGAAGUGAAAUCACAAAGAAAGUACUCUAACAAGGAGAAGUUGAGGAUGAUCUCACAGAAAUAUUCUGGUCUGACGCAGAAGAAAGACCAAUCAGGACUUGACUCAGAGACUGACAGCACAACUCAGUAUAUGACCGAGAAACAUUAG